UAUUGGCGUUGUUCGUGGAACCUGACCUGAUUCUUUUUUUAAAAAAAACCCCCCAGCCCUACCUACCAUAACGCCAAAUAUUGGGAGUUCAUUGAUAUUUCUUCGGUUCGUUAAUAUCUUUCGCACCAUCCAUGGUUCACAUCCAAACCGUAUCCGCAACAAAGAGUAUUCUCUCUCUAGAUGAUCAAGGACCCCUCAAAAGGCUACAAUAUUUCUUACUGUGGUUCGAAUAAAUAUUUUUUACACCACAGUCAGAAAAGGCUCGUCUUUUUGAGAUAGUUGUCCUACACUUCACCAACACCCCUAUUCAACGCAAAACAUCAAAAACAUUUCGAGUACCUCUCCAGUGCUUCUUCAACAACACUCACAUCACAAAAUGGCAUCCACUACAAUCCAACACUUCGACACCACAGGCGUCCUGCACAGCGUCGUCCUGCCCCGCUCAAUCAGUUCACAAGAAAUCGAGCGCUUCCAGGAGUAUCUCCAAAACACGGGGAUCAACUCGCAGAAUCUCUCCAACGAGCCUCAAAACUACUUGGGAAAGAAAAUAAGCGGCGGACCUUACGAGUGCCUCACUCCGGAAGAGGCUGUGUUUUUGGAAGGGCUUGGAUGGCAGGAUAUGUGGAUCGAGGAAGAAAGAACGGCUGGUUACCUCGGGGUUUCUUCAGAAAUUUUGGAAACUGAACGUGCUGACCGCGCUGACGGUCUCACCGUAGAGGAAGCUGAAUACCUCCAGGGUUUGGGAUGGUUUGACAACGAGCUCUCAAGCUCGGAAGAGGACUUCCUCCGCGAGAACGAUCUGGAAGAGCUUGUCUUCAGUGUGAAAGAAGAAAUCUCCCAGGUAGCUGAAGACCUCCCGGCUCUCUCAGACACCACGGGAUCUGAAUUUCAACACAGACCCGGCUGCCUCUGCAAAUACCCCUGGACUUGCAAUCCGAGGCCCGAACCACCUUCAAUUUCCCGCCAUCCUCAGUUCGCACCUAUCGGUAAAGGUAGACUAAAUCGUAAAUUCAUGUCCCCUUCACCCCCUUCUUCUGCAUCGGCGGAUUCUUCGCCUCCGACAUCCAUUGAAAUGACGGAGGUCCGACGACCUCUUGGAUCCCCGUUCUCGGAUUUCUUGAAGAUGGCACUCUGGGCGUGGAUGCCGAUGGAUGGGAGGGUGCCGGAGUGAUGCAUCUCGUGCCGGUACGGGAUCGCGAAUACCUCCUGGGCACAUCGCGACUGUUAAAUGGGGUGGAGGGCGGUGCAAGCUAUGGCACAUGAGAAGCAGGCUUAGGAGCAUUGUUGCUUAUCGCGUUGGUUUGUUUGCCUGGUCUAGUUGUCUUGUGAUGGGUCGUAUUGUAGACUUUGCUUUUCGGUGCUGUGACUUUGGUGUCGGGUGGAACUCUCCAGUGCGUCGGUGUGUCAUUUCAAUGGUCUGUUCGUUUCUUAGAAUUGUAGUUAAGAGGAAUGCAGGUUCGAGUUUUAAACCUGCUGUGAAUACCUCCAGAAACCUUCAUAUAAUCACCGGAUCGUCAGCAUCGCAACUCCGAUGUUACCGUGCAAUUGAGUGCUAUAUCUUCG